GAGACCCGCUAUCUGACUGGCACAAUUGAAUUUGAGUCUAUAAUCACAUAAUCGCCGAGGAGGCGAUAGCACAUUCGUUGAGGUUUCGCGGUUAACGUGUGUACUUGGUCAGAAUCAGUUCGAAAAAAUCGGUCUCAGUGAGGAGAACACACCGAGGAAGCUAGUGGAAUACAGUUUGCCAGGAUAUAAAAGGAUUACCGAAAUGCAUCGAUCUGUGUUGCUGCUCCUUAUGUCGGGCAUUGUGCUAAGUGGGGCAUUUAAUUGCUUAACUUAUAAGGAUAUCACCUAUGAUUUAUUCGAGAAUUCUGAGUAUAAUCACCUAUCGGAGGAGCAGCUGCACAGUAUCAGCAAGCGAGCUGCAAAGGACACUAGUAGCAGCAAUUCUGAGGAGCUCACGGAUGGCGUCAAUGAGGAAGUUCACGAUGGUAUGGACAGCUCAAUGGAAUCUUCUUCGGGGGAGGAACAGAAACUCAUUAUAGACUCCCAGGAACCAGUGGAGCCCGCUGUCAGAAGGCGCAGGUCGGCUGUGAGGUACAGGAACUUAUAUCUCCUGGCCACUAUUUGCCCAGAUGCAGACUUUAGCGAGUUGGAAAAAGGUAGUACCAUAAGUUCUAGAAUUGAAAUACCUGAUAUGUACGCAAUUUGUAACGACUUACCUAAAAAAAAUCCCACUUCUAAAUAAUGUCACCCCUGGCCCAUUAGUCAUCUUCUGCAUUAUCAGUAACACCAUUCUUAUCACGAAGUUCCUAAAUUUAUGAUGUACUAAUGAGAACUUAAAAAGAAUCUUACAUUCUGAAUAUGAUUUGUAAAACUCUGUUAGCUAUUAACAAAUUUACAUAUUUACAAAUAAAUAGCAACAAGAUAAAAUGUUAUAGUUAA